AUGUUUGCCCUCUCGGAAUGGACGCCGAUCUCACCACUCCGGAAACCCUCUCUCAAAUCUGCCCCGAUUUGGGUAACCCUGAAGAAUAUCCCUCCGAAAAUGUUCUCGCUCCAAGGAAUCAGCUAUAUUGCAAGCGGGAUAGGAGAACCCUUGCACACGGAUAAGAUGCGCCUUGACCCUCUUCACGUUGGGACAACUCGCAUCAAAGUAGAAAUUCAGUUAGGCUCAACUCUCCCAAGUAUCGUGGAAAUUGAAGAUGACACCGGAGAGGUGACUGGAGUGAAAAUUGACUGUGAGUGGCUCCCACCGCGGUGCCCAGAUUGCAAUGAGUUCGGGCAUAACAAACAACAUUGCCCCUCAAGGAAUCUUAACCUAGCUCCUAAGACUCAAGCAGGCUCCUCGGAACAAGAAGCUGAGCAAACAAAAACUCAAACUAUCCCACAAGAGUCGGCUCCCCCGAAAAUCUCGUCGGGUCCACCGCAGAAAGCAAUCAGCACUCCACCUCCUCUGCGACCAGCUGCCUCUCCACCUUCUCAGAAACCUCUCAUCCUGUUCUACAACAGCAACCCAUCAUAA